AUGGCGGCGCGAUGGGCAUGGGGAUCCGUCGCCGGAGGAGGCGCGGCGCGGCGGUCUAAAUUUCUCGGGCAAGUUUCAGACUACCUCAUUCGCUAUGCGACCUGGAUCCCGCCGCUCAUCUGGUUCAACGAAUAUGUGGCGCAGGUCACCUCCAUUCACGGCCCAUCCAUAAGCCCUCACGACCCCAACAAAACCACCGUCAAGCGCAUCAUCGGCCUACCCGGCGACGUCAUCAAAACCAAGCCGCCGUACCACUACGAGCACGCCGUCGUGCCCGAGGGCCACAUCUGGGUCGAGGGCGACGGCGACAAGAGCCUCGACAGCAACCACUACGGACCCAUCUCGGCGAGGCUGGUCACCGGCCGUGUUACCCACAUCCUGUCGCCGUGGGAGAGGGCGGGGCGCGUGAGGUGGUGGGAGCACCCUUUGAGGACGGGUGUGCAUAGAGCGGCGUAG